AUGGACAAAGCUACACUUCUAACCGCUUCCAAAGUGGAUCUGAACGUUUCGACCCAUCCCCGCUCCGAAAUCACCAGGUUGAUCGCUCCGUCACUACAAAUUGCCCUUCGCUUCCAGAGCCUCGUCGGUUCAAUCUCCAUCUUCCUUUGCCUCCAUGCCUGCAUCAUUGCGAGCAGCGCGUCCGUCGCCGUCCUCCAGGGGAGCAAGAUCGUGACCCUAAACGCCUUCAUCGCAGCAAAGUAUAGCGCUUUUCAUAGCUUCAACAUGUCUACACAAGCCGUUGCGAGUGCAUGGAACUCCAAGAAUGUCCAGAGAUUACGCAAAAAGCUCUGGUACGAAUUCGCCGUCUUCAUUCUCGGCAGCGGGAACCUGGUAUUCCUCAUGCUCUUCUGGCCUGGAUGGUGGGUGCUUGCAGGCGCAUGCUGGGGAGUUUGGAUGCUCUUCGGCUGA